CAGAAGAAGAAAGACCAAAAGUGUUCCUGUAGGAAGCGGCAAACUUUCAGCUAGAAGAAGCUCUGUUUUCUUUAAAUGGAGAAAACACUGAGAUAUGUUCGGUGGGGCUAUGAGGUUAAUGCCUCUUCUGAUGAUUGCAUCCACGCAAUUAACUCAUAUUUUCAACAGGUUCUUAGUUAUGGGAGGAAGAGGAAAGUGAUUCUAGAAGCACCACUCUACGAUAAAGAUUGUGUUUUGGGAAACAUUUUAGCUGCUCAUUACCUUUCUUCAUCUGAUCCUGCCAGAGCUAAUUCCUACGUUGAAGCUGCGGCAUCUAAUCUCGAACAAUCUACACCUUAUGAGAAAGCGGUUUACGAGGCUGUUACUUACCUGAUAUCCGAGGACAGGGAUGACGACUUGGCUUUUGAAAUGCACACCAAGCUACUUAAUAGAUUCCCAAAGGACCUUGCCUCUUUGAAGAGAGCACAGCUUUUAUGUUUUUACAUGGGUCAACCUGAUCCCUUUUUGGGUCUUGUUCAGCAGGUUCUACCUGCGAAUCAAGAAGAAAGUUAUAUUCAUGGUAUACUUGCGUUCCCAUUGUUAGAACUUGGUCGAAUGGAAGAAGCUGCAGCAGCUUCCAAAAAAGGCUAUGAGAUAAACAAAGAAGACGCCUGGGCACAUCACUGUUUGUGUCAUGUUCUUCAACAUGAAUGUCGGUUUAAAGAAGCAGUGGAGUUCAUGGAAGCACUCGCAGAAUCUUGGCCUUCUUGCUCAUCCUUCAUGUAUACACACAAUUGGUGGCAUGUUGCUCUUUGUUACUUAGAAGGAGGGUCACCAAUGAGUAAAGUAGAGGAGAUUUAUGAUCAUCACAUCUGGAAAGAAUUGGAGAAAGACGACGCUGUUCCUCCUGAAGUAUAUCUCAAUGCGCUGGGCUUGUUGCUACGUUUAGAUGUAAGAGAUGCUCUUGAUGGUUUUGAAGACCGUCUCAAAAACCUUGCAGUUCGUUUAACUAAUCAGGCAAACUGGUAUUUGGAGUGGCACCUCGAUAUAUUGAUAGUCUGGGCAUUAGCAAAGGUUGGAGAGACUUCAAGAGCUCAUGAAUUACUUGAGGGUCUUAAGUCCCGAUUAUCAAGGAUGAAUAAAAAGAAACAACAAGUGAUGCAGAAAGGGAUUCAGCUCGGGGAAGCUGUGUUUGAAUUCGCAAGGGGUAACUACGAAAAGGCUUUAGAACUAUUCGGUUCAGAGUUCAACGCCAUUGGUUACAAGAUCGUCGGAGCAUCAGAUGAACAGAUAGAUGUUUUCAACGAAAUGUGGUGUCAGCUGCUUCUAAAAACAGGCCAAUCCUCCACUGCUAAAGAAGUGAUCAGAGAGAGGAUAAAGAUCAGAGAUGGUGUUCCUUUCAUGUGGCGUUUACUGGAGAAGAGUUACUCCAUGGAAGGCAAUGCAGAGGCUAAGAGUAGUGCAGGAGAGACAGCUAAAAAACUGGAAUCUUCUCAUCAGUUGAUCGAAUCGAUUUACGUUGCGGAAACCCUAGAGAUGGAGCAGGAGAUGGAACGGAGAUUGAAGAAAGAACACAAUGCUAAAGUGAAAGCUCUGAAGAAACAAAAGGCUUUCGAGAAAGCAAAGCUGGGAGAAUGGAAUGCAAAAUCUAAAAAGAGCGCAGCGAAGAAGAUAGGAAAAGAGGAAGAGAAUCAUUCCGACCCUGAAACGCCUCUUGGCCAGAGGAAAAGGCUAUCUUCACAGAUGGCCAAACAUUACAGUCCUUCAUCGGUGGAAAAAUCGUGGUAUGAAUACUGGGAGACAUCUGAGUUUUUCAAAGCUGAUGCGACUAGUUCAAAACCACAGUUUGUGAUUGUUCUUCCUCCUCCCAAUGUGACUGGAGCACUGCACAUUGGCCACGCACUAACCUGUGCAGUCCAGGACACACUGAUUCGUUGGAAGAGAAUGUCUGGUUUUAAUGCUUUGUGGGUUCCUGGGUUUGACCAUGCUGGUAUUGCGACACAGGUUGUGGUCGAGAAACAUCUCAGCCGUGAAACAGGAAUGACGAGGCAUGACUUUGGCCGUGAGGAGUUCUUGAACCAUGUCUGGCAGUGGACAGAGAGUAAAAGUGGUACAAUCAAAUCACAGCUACGUCGUAUGGGCUCAUCUCUUGAUUGGUCCCGUGAGUGUUUUACGAUGGACGAGCAGAGAUCAAAGGCUGUCACUGAGGCCUUUGUAAGGUUACACAAGGAAGGGCUUAUCUACAGGGAUCUCCGGCUUGUUCAUUGGGACUGUUUCCUUAGCACCGCCAUAUCUAAGCGUGAGGUUGAGCAUAUCGAGAUCAAAGAAAGAACACCAAUCAAAGUCCCUGGGUAUGAGAAGCCAGUUGUAUUUGGUCUUAUCACUUCGUUUGCUUACCCUCUUGAGAGAGGAGGCGGUGAGGUUGUUGUUGCCACUACUAGGGUGGAAACUAUGCUUGGUGAUACCGCCAUUGCUGUUCAUCCCGAUGAUGCAAGAUACAAGCAUCUUCACGGAGAGUUUGCUGUGCACCCGUUCAAUGGGCGGAAGCUACCAAUCAUAUGUGAUGAGAUACUCGUUGACCCAAAUGUUGGUACUGGUUGUGUUAAGAUCACUCCAGCACAUGACACCAAUGAUUUCGAUGUAGGAAGGCGCCACAAUCUGGAGUUUAUAAACGUAUUCACUGAUGAUGGAAGGAUCAAUGCGAAUGGCGGGCCUGACUUCACUGGCAUGCCACGCUUUGCCGCUCGUGAAGCUAUUGUUGAAGCUCUGCGUAAGAAGGGGCUGUACAGAGGUGAGGAAAACAACAAGAUGACAAUUGGAGUUUGCUCAAGAAGUAGUGAUGUUGCUGAGCCUAUGCUAAAGCCUCAGUGGUACGUGAAUUGCAGCGUGAUGGCAAAGGAGGCUCUUGAUGUUGCUGCCAAAGGGAAGAUCGAGUUUAUUCCCAAGCAGUACUCUGCAGAAUGGAGAAGAUGGCUAGAGAGCAUAUUCGACUGGUGCAUCUCGAGACAGCUUUGGUGGGGUCACAGAAUACCGGCAUGGUACGCCACUCUAGAAGAAGAUCAGCUUAAGGAAGUAGGUGCCUACAACGACCAUUGGGUCGUUGCUAGAAACGAGGAAGAAGCUCGAAAAGAGGCUGCACAAAAAUUUGCUGGGAAGAAGUUGUUGGAGCUCUCCCAAGAUCCUGAUGUGCUUGACACAUGGUUUUCUUCUGGUCUCUUUCCCUUAUCUGUUUUGGGAUGGCCAGAUGAAACUGAGGACUUGAAAGCUUUCUAUCCAACGUCGGUUCUUGAAACUGGACAUGACAUUCUGUUUUUCUGGGUUGCUCGCAUGGUUAUGUUAGGAAUGAAAGUGGGUGGUGGGGAUGUUCCCUUCAGGAAGGUUCUUUUGCAUCCCAUGAUACGUGAUGCACAUGGCCGCAAGAUGUCAAAGUCUCUUGGAAAUGGCAUUGAUCCGCUUGAAGUCAUUAAUGGUGUAACUCUUGCGGGUCUACACGCCAGGUUAGAAGAAGGUAACCUGGAUCCAAAGGAGCUGGUUGUUGCCAAGGAGGGACAGGUGAAGGAUUUUCCAAAUGGUAUCCCUCAAUGUGGCGCUGACGCCCUUCGAUUUGCGCUUGUCUCAUACACGGCUCAGUCUGAUAAAAUCAACAUGGAUGUCCUCCGAGUUGUUGGUUACCGCCAGUGGUGUAAUAAACUGUGGAACGCCGUCAGAUUUGCGAUGAUGAAGCUUGGCGAAGGCUAUACUCCUCCUGUGCAAACUCUAAGCCCUGAAACCAUGCCAUUCAGCUGCCAAUGGAUUCUUUCUGUUCUAAAUAAGGCAAUAUCUAAGACAGUGGAUUCCUUGAAUGCUUUUGAGUUAUCGGAUGCAGCCAACACAGUGUAUGCUUGGUGGCAAUACCAAUUCUGUGAUGUAUUUAUCGAGGCAAUUAAGCCUUAUUUUUCUUCUGACAACCGAAGCAGGAUUCAUGCACAAGAUGCUCUCUGGGUUUGUCUCGAGACUGGCUUGAGAUUGCUGCAUCCGUUUAUGCCUUUUAUUACAGAAGAGUUGUGGCAGCGGUUGCCGUCACCACAAGACUGUGAACGGAAGGAGUCUAUCAUGAUAUGUGACUACCCUUCUCCCGAAGAGAAGUGGACAAACGUGAAGGUGGAGACCAAAAUGGAUGUGGUUCUGGCGACCGUGAAAACUCUCAGGGCGUUGAGAGCUGCAGAGUCGCUAGAGACACGGAAAAAUGAAAGGUUGCAUGCGUUUGCUCUGUGUGAAAACGCAUUGACACUGGAAAUUGUGCAAUCCCAUGAGUUAGAGAUCAGAACUCUUGCAAAUCUCUCAUCCUUUGAGGUUAUGUUGAAGGGAGAAGACAAAGCAGCCCAAUCUGGAUCGGCUGUUGUAGAGACUGUGAAUGAGAACCUUAAGGUGUAUUUUUCGUAAACAGAACGGUCCAUACGAGAUGGAUUUUGAAGAGCAUUCGAAAAGAUUUAGCGAGGAGAAUCUUGAUCUCUUAAUCUUAUUCCUCACGCAACCUCUACAUUUAUAAUCUUUUCGACAUAUACUAAAACUUUAAUUAUUCA